AUGGUUGCGAGCGCUGGCUGUGGGCGAAAUGCCCGGGUGGCAACAUCGUAUGCAGACACCUCACGCAAUUCGGUCGACCAUAUCCCUCCCGGGGAUGUUCGGAACUCUCGGGCGGCCUGCACUGACAUGGAGGAUUCCAGUCCAUUGGCUCGGGCUCCAGCUCGGGGUAGGCGUGGUGACAAGUGUGAUGGAGUUCUUGCUCAGCAUAUUGAUCUUGACAGCGUCGCCCCAGUUUUGACCUCCAGCUUCCAAAAAGUUUACGAUCAAACUCCGGAAGGUAGUUCGCCAAGAUGGUGUUUGGCUUGA